AGCGCAACCGCCCAGCAAGACAACGGCAAAAUGGCACGCUUGAAGGCAUCUUCGACAGUGCUCGUGACGAGUUCGUCUGUUGUUGGGUUACAUGAUGCAAUAUAUAAAUAUGCCUGCUCACUCGGCAUCCAAAGGCACAACAAGCACGUCCGAAUCCCGAUACCUUCACGACAUUGAUUCGCCUCAGCACCAAGUCCUCAAGGACCAUGCAAUACUUCGCAGGAGCAGUCUUUCUCCUGGCACUUGCCUCACAAGUAAUGGCGGAUCUACACAGCUCAGCAGUCUGUGUCAGCGGUAGACAGAUAGGUCAUCCUGGCGGCACUCCUUUCAGUCCCGGCAUGGGCGGCUUUCCCAAAACGUACGAAAUCCUGCUCGAUGCUACAGACUGUGCUUGUGGCUACUACCGUCGACGGAAUACUGGGAAUAAGCAAUGGGAUCAAUGUCCUGACUUUGCGUAGGAUGGCCUAGAGUGCAAGUCUGAGGGGUGGCAUAUUGGAGGCGACGAGAUGAAUCACUACUGUACGAAAUAUUGCGGUGCACAGGGAUCCGAGGCCGAUUGAGAGACUGGAGCACAACCUCUUUGUGGUGCAUGCAUCAGAGCAGUGCGGGGAGGUCAUGGUUCGUGUUUCUAUGUCGGAAAUCACACAGACCCAUCAUGGCCCAUCCAUUUACGACAUCCUCACAAGCUUCGGUUCUAUUUACCAGUUUUGCAUACAUAUUGCCCGACAAGUGCUUCGAGAACACGUU